ACAACUAUUCUUACAAAUAAAACUGAGUCACGAUUUAGAUGCCGCUUGUUUAUCAACAAAUAAACUUAGUCGCAAACCAAUAACAAAAUAAAACAACAAACUCAACUAUCUUCGAAUCCCAUCUACACCUAGGUUAAGAAGAAAGAUCUCAAACCUCUGAAAACCCUGAACCCUCUCUUUCUCUUCACAUCAUUCUAAACCCAUUCUGAAACCCCUCACAUUAUUUCCUCCAACCAUGCUUCGCAUAGCAUCAAAGCUAUCAUCUAGGUUUUCUUCCUCUUCUACUGCCCUCACUGCAAACCCACUAUUACCCACAAGACUCUCUCCAAUUCCCUCUUCAUCGUUCCGACCAUUCACCAAUGGCUUGGAAUUGGAGGCCAACAUGGUCGUCCCCGACGCCAUCAAGAUGAUCAACUACGCCUUGAGGCACUGGAGGACCGAUAGGUCACUUGGGGCGUACAGGAUGGGCUUGUCUGUGUUGAAGAUUUGCAUUACCAAUGAGUUGACUGAGGGCAAGGAGCCAAAGCGCGAGAAUUCGAAGGGAAUGGCCAUGCUUGCUAUGUCCACUUUGUUGUUUGAAAGAGGAGAGUACGCAGAAGCGAUUGAGAAGCUAGAGGGUGUUCAAGAGUUAACAAAUUCUUACUUGGGUGUUAGAGUUGCUGCUCUUGAAACUCAGGCUGGGCUUCAUCUAUUGAUGAGGCAGGAUGAUUUGGCAGCAGUGGUUGCUGAUAAGUGCAUGAAGAUGGUGGAGAAUCAAGAGAAACCACUAGAAUAUGAGGAACGAUUUGUAGAUUAUGAGGCACAAUUUGUUCGUGCUAAAGCACUAAAAGGGCUGAUUGAACUUGUCAAUGGCAAUGCUGACUCAGCUGAAGAUUUCUUCGACAAGUCUCUCCGCGAGAAGUAUUGUGAUGGUACUGCUGGUCUAUCAUAUGCGGAAUUCCUACAUAAGAUAGGGAACUAUCCAAUGGCAAAGGAGGUUUACCGAAAUGUCGUACAAGGGGCUAUUGAAGUAAAAAAUGCUGGCAGACCAUACUUAGGAGCUGGUAACAUGAGCGUGGACGAAUUAAUUGUAGGGUCCAUGUUUGCUUUAGGACAGCUGGAAUUACUUAUGGGUAACUACUCUAAUGCAGAGUGCCAUUUGACACAGGCAUUAAGUAGGGCAGAGGAAGCCUAUGGAGACUCUAAACAUCCUACGGUGGGGGUUGCCUUAACAAGCAUUGCUCUUUUGUAUCGGCGUAAAGCAAUCCAGGAACAUUCAAGUUCGCUGUUAGUUCAAGAGGGUCUCUACCGAAAAGUGAUAGAUAUUUUGAAGGUUCCAACAAUGGAAACUGAGUCUGAAGAUGCUGCACCAUUGGUAGAUAGAAGUGAUAUAGCAGCUCUUGCAACAGGUGCAUAUGCAGAAGUACUUAGUGUCCAAGAAAAGAGACAGGCAGAAGGGGAGAAGAUGAAGAACUUGGCCGAGUCUCUAUGGAAACACCGUUGGCUAUCUCUAGCUAAUGCUAUUGAUUCAGACAAGAAUAUCAUUGAUUCUAGAAUUUGCAGGAUCCUGUAAAUUGGUCUAUUUUCUGGGUACCCUUUUGCUACUAUAGGUUCUAGUUGGACCGUGAUACAUGACUAAGACCAUGGAUUAAUAGUGCAGAGUUACUUUCUACAGUAUUGCUUGGAAUAGAAAUGUCGUGCCGACAUAUACUAUGAUAUCCACGGUCGGCCGAUGUAUAUUUAGACCGAAUUUUAAUGAGGUCUUUUUAAUAUUCACUUAAAUUAUUUGUAGUUGAUGUUUUAAAUGUUUUGAUUGGGAAGUUAUUUAUUAAACUAUUGAAAUCCAUUUUGUUUAUUUUUAAUCAA